UGGACUUUCGGGUGGAAGGAGCAAUGACAUGGGCAGUGGGAUAUCCCCCUUCACUCCGAUCCCCUAGUGUUGAUUUAACAACAUCGGAACCAUGCUUCAAUUCUUUUACUAGUUUGUCAGUGUCCAAAGUCGAGGGGACUUUAGUGUACAGCUUGCUGUCUCAGAAUCCCAAUGGUGAUUUUUAUAUACACGUAUACAGAAUAAAGUGUACUGAGUCUGUCCUUAGAUCCAACGGCUACUCGAGUUAUACCCUAAACGUGAGCGUAGCAGAUGACGUCACAACACUUUAUGACACCUUUAACGUAACCAUUUUGGGUUUACCAAGUAAGCCAAAGUACUGAUACGAGUAUUUUUUA